AUGAGAAGAACUGCAAUCGACUUGCAAAAGAAAUUUGAUGAAGCUGUUGUGAAGUUCAUUACGCACACAUCGGUGCCACUGCAAGUCGUGGAAGAGAAGUCUUUCGAGGAACUCUUGGAUUUGUUAGGUUUGAAGCAGAAGAAAUUAGAGCUUAUGAGCCGUCGAACCCUCGGCCGCCGGCUGGAUGAGGCGUCCGCCAAGUACCGUAUUUACUUGACGGACCUUCUAUCAAAACCAGCAUGGGUGUCGACGACCGCUGACAUCUGGUCGGGAGGUAAAAGAAGUUUCUUGGGAAUGACGGUUCACUGGAUAGAUGGACAGUACAAUCGUAGAUCGGCACCUCUGGUGUGCAAACGUUUUCGGGGGACGCAUUCAUUCGAGAGGAUUGCAGACCUCGUCAGUGAAAUUCACGAAUCGUACAACCUCCCGCCGUCGAAGAUAAGUGCUACUGUCACAGACAACGGAUCCAAUUUCAUCAAGGCUUUCACGGAAUUCGGCAUACUCGCUGUCAAUGUGGGUCGUGAUCGCGAUGAAGUUGGUGAAAACGCUGAGGACGGAGAUGUUUCAAUGGAUACGACCGACGAGAGUAUGGCGAGCGGAGGAGAGAGAGAAGUUGAGAGAGACAGGGAACACCUAGAGGUUCGACAUGAUAAUAUUGAAGAUGAGGAAUCAGAGGAGUAUGCAAGUAGCGGAGGAACAACGGAUAAUAUUGAAAGUUACGCGUCAGACGACGACAGCAGCGGUAGCCGUCACACAGAGACUAAUUCGUGGGUAGGCCUUGAGGAGUCAACACUUGUGCGUUUGCCUUCGCACGCUCGCUGCGCGUCGCAUACCUUGUCUCUGUGCGCGACGACCGAUGUGAAGAGAGUUCUGGAGAAUCACAGAGCCUUGGCUGACCGCCAUGAUAUGAUCAUCACGAAGUGCAACAGCUUGUGGAACGCGAGUCGUACUCCGAAAUGGGCAGAAGUCAUACAGGCCAUCACGGGAAGGGCCCUGCCUCGGCCAGUGGUAACCCGUUGGAAUUCCUUGUUUGACUCGCUCACGGCCUUGUUGGAACAGAGACCGAAAAUUCCCACCCUAAUGGCGAGACUUGAUCUUCCAAACCCCUUCACGGAUGAGGACUUUUCGUAUAUCAAGGAGUAUUUGGAGUGUUUGAAGCCGAUCGCCAUAGGCCUGGAUAAACUGCAGGCGGAAAAAUUGGCGUUUUACGGAGUUCUUCUACCGACUCUCCACGUGGUCAGGAAACAGCUCUUCACGGUGUCCAGGACACAUCUGCGCUUCUGUGGACCUGUCGUCGAGGGGCUCCUGCAGAGCAUGGAGACCCGCUUUGAGAAGAUUUUCAACUGUCGCACGAUUGAGGGAGAGAAAUCCGCUAUAGCCGCGAUAUCCAUGCCGACAUUCAAGAAGGCGUGGUUCGCGUGCAUCGCGCCUGAGGACCGGGAGUUCAUUCUCGACAGCUUCCGAAAGCUGAUGAGGGAUCGUCAAGAAGGACAAACUAUUCCGGAGCACCAGCCAAUGACUAGGGACAACCACUACGACUACUACGACUUCGGAGAUGAGCAUACCACGGCCUCUUCACCGGCAUCACAGAGAAGAGAUGCUGCGCAGGAAAUCAUGCAGCAGUAUCUGGACGAUGCGGACACGGCUCUCGUAAUGCUGGAAAAAUAUCCGACGAUCGCGUCCAUUUUCCGAGAAUUCAACACGCAGCCCCCAUCAAGCGCUGAAGUGGAACGAUUGUUCUCAUACGCAACAAUGACGAAUGCCCCGAAUGCUAACCGCCUAAGCGAUACCAGGUUCGAACAGAGAGUUAUCUUGCGAAGAGCUCAAUCUGUGUUCGACUGA